UAUCGUUUCAUGGUCCCCACAUGACACGUGUCGCUCGUUCUCAUCCAUCCCCCCUUUUUUUUUAUCUCACAAGUCACUCAUGCUUAUACAUUACACACAUGCAUCCCAUUCUCGCCACUAUUUUCCUAAAUUUGACAAAAACGAUAAGAGCAAAGAAAGGAAAAGCAAAAGAAAGAUAGAAAAAUCAAAUUGAAUAGAAUGCAUGAAAAACAUACAUACAUACACAUACAUAGCAAAUUAAAUUGAAGAAAGUUUGUAGUACAUCAUCAAUCAUGGACAGUACAGAUUCAUCAUCUUGCUCUCCGCACCCCCACCUCCCACCAGGUUUUCGAUUUCACCCCACCGAUGAAGAACUUGUCGUUCACUACCUCAAAAGAAAAGCUGCUUCUGCACCCCUUCCAGUAGCCAUCAUAGCUGAAAUUGAUCUCUACAAGUUCGAUCCUUGGGAACUACCAAGUAAAGCAAGUUUUGGGGAACAAGAGUGGUACUUUUUCAGCCCAAGGGAUAGGAAAUACCCAAAUGGGGCAAGGCCCAAUAGGGCUGCUACUUCUGGGUAUUGGAAAGCUACUGGAACUGAUAAGCCUAUAUUAACAACUGAUGGGCACAUGAAAGUUGGAGUUAAGAAAGCACUUGUUUUUUAUGGUGGGAAGCCACCAAAAGGAGUUAAAACUAAUUGGAUUAUGCAUGAAUAUAGGCUUAUCACUGAUCACAAUCAUAAUAUUCAUUCCUAUAAUGCAACCUCAAAAACUCCUCCUCUGCCUGCUGAUCCUCCAAACCUUAACAAGAAGAAUUCCCUCAGGCUUGAUGAUUGGGUUUUGUGCCGAAUAUACAAAAAAAGCAACAGUAGCACAAUGCCAAGACCACCUCUAAUGGAUCAAUAUGAUAAGGAGCUAUCAAUGGAUCAUCAUCACACAAUGCUACCACUGACUAAUAUGCAACAGAACAACACUAAACUUCCAUCUUCAAGAAGCACAAGUAGUUAUGGACUUGAAAAUGAUGACAACUUCUUCGAUGGAAUCUUAGCAGCUGAUCAACAUCAACAUCAACAUCAUCAUGAAGAAAUGCAAAAUGGUUGUGGUUCUCAUGACAUAAACUCAAAGAAUGAUAACAAUGACUCAUUCCCCAUGAAACGUGCAUUGACUGCAUCAUCACAAUUUUGGAAUGAAACAGGGUCACCAGGGUCAUCUUCUUCUAGUAAGCGAUUCCAUGGAGAUCUUAAUAGUGGAAAUAGCAAUGCUGAGGAAAAUAAUUCAUUUGUUUCACUGCUUAGUCAGCUUCCAACAACCACAACUUUUCAUCCAAAUGCGAUUCUUGGGGAUGCUGUAAUCAGGCAACAAUUUCAACUUCCGAAUAUAAAUUGGAACUGAUUCUAUUAUAAUUUAGUCUAGCUUCGUAGGUCUGUUAAUUAAUAAUUGAUGCUGAUCUUAUACUGUUUCACAUUUUCACUGUAAACAUAUCAUAUAUCAUAUACACAAAAACCAUAAUACAGGCCUAUAUAUAUUUUUAAUUUCAACCUUA